UUGUUUCACGCGUGAAGCUACUCUAUGCUUAUGAUAUUUUAUUUUUGUUAAUAUUUGUAAUAUAUAUUUAUAGAACUUCCACAAAAUAAUAUGAUAUGAAAAACCACUCAAAAUAUUUUUAUUCUCUUAUUUUUCUUCAGUAUUAAAUUAUUGUACUGAAAUUACGGCUACUUUUGAUUCUGCUCAGUGAUGAUACUGCAUAUACUCAUUUCAAUAAUAGCAGUGCGAGAACAAAGCUGAACCAAAGCAAAGCACCUGUGACUGUGAGGCUACCACUCAAAAUGAAAAAUGAGAUCACAAAAUGAAAUUAGUUUAGCGUAGAUACACUCCGUCCGUGAUUACCUAAGAAGUAGACAAGGGCAUCUUUGGAUGAAAACUUGUAAUUCCGAUGUCAAUUUUGGAGAAACCGUCUCAAUUCUCAUCUUCAUCCAUAGCACCUCAAGAUGUUGAUCCAUUGUUAAAGGAUUUAGAUGAGAAAAAGCUGAAUUUUAGGCGUAAUGUGUUGUCAUUAGCGGCAGAGUUGAAGGAGGUUCGUGGGCGACUUGCAUCCAAAGAGCAAUCAUAUGCUAAAGAAAGCCAAACAAGACUGGAAGUAGAGUUAAAAGCCAAGCAGAUGGAAGUGAAGAUUGGUAUAUUGCAGAAGGAACUAGAAGACAAAAAUGAAAAGCUUCAGGCUUCAAUCUCUUCUACUGUGAAGGAUCUGAAGGAGUUGGAUGAUCUUAGAACACAGCUUUCAGCAACUAAAGCAAGUGCAGAUGCAAGUGCUGCAUCAGCUCAAUCAGCACAGCUCCUAUGUUUUGAACUUCAAAAAGAGUUGGAUGAGAAAAACAGUUCAAUGAGAAAGCAUGAGGGUUGUAUCAUUAGGCUGGUAGAGCAAGUAAAUAAUCUACAGAAAGAUCUUCUGGCAAGGGAAUCUUCACAAAAGCAAAUAAAAGAUGAAGUCCUCAGAAUUCAGCAUGAUAUUAUGGAAGCACUUGCAAAAGCCACAGUGAACAAGGAUUUUACACUGACGACAAUAUUAGAUGAGAUUUCUCCAAAGAAUUUUGAGAAGAUGAAGAAGAUUCUGGUUGUUAAGGAUGAAGAAAUAUCAAAACUGAAUGAUGAUAUUGUGGUUACGUCUUCCCAUUGGGAGCUCAAGACAAAGGAAUUAGAGUCACAAUUGGAGAAACAGCGGCAUAAGGACCAAGAGCUCAAAAAGAGGGUGUUGAAGUUGGAAUUUUGUCUUCAGGAAGCUCGUUCUCAGACGCGGAAGCUCCAAAGAAUGGGAGAUCGAAAGGAUAAAGCUAUUAAAGAACUGAGAGAUCAAUUAGCAACAAAGCAGCAAAGCAGGGUUGAGCGUGCAGAAAAACAAAAUAACUUUUGGGGAACCUCUGGAUUCAAAAUUGUGAUCUCUAUGUCCAUGCUGAUCCUGAUGAUAUUUUCAAAACGAUGAAACCUAACCUUAACCUAGGAGUUUUUUCAAGGAUUCUAGAGAAGUGGCACAAGUCAUUUUUGCUUUGUAUAAAUGCACCUUUAGAGAGAAUAUAACUUUAUGAGAUCACAAACGCAUUUUUGCCGUGUUGUCUGAAGCUUACGUUGCAAUAUCAGGUCACAUAUAGUUACCAUUAAAAAAAGACACAUCAUUGCAUUGUUACUAGUGAAAGAACCUGAAUGUUAGCUGAGGCUAAUUUGUAAAUUUGC